AAAACACACUGGUUCUGGACGUGAACACGAUCGAGUUCUCCCUCCGUUUCAGUGAAUCACCGCGGAAACCACACGCGGAUAUUGUCGUAUAGCACACGAAGUCAAGUUGCCACGACGGUGUCUACGACCAUCACUUUCAUUACCAGUUGCCGUCCGCUGGUCGACACAAACUGACCUGCUACCGAAGAAGUUUAGGAUAUUCGAGUCGGUUGGAUUAGUUUUCAACGUGAUUUAAUAUUUGAGAGUAAAAUUUAACAAACUUUCUAUAUUUUGCUGUGUUUUCUGUAUCUUAGCGAAGUUUUGAUUGGGCGAAAGAAUUAAGGAUGACAACGAUGAGCUGCUUGGCACCGGGUUGCCAGGACGCUUUGGAGCACAAGUUGAAGAAUAUACCGGCGUUGAAAAUGGCUUCCGAAGAACUUAAGUUUGAACCUGAAAAUCUCGACGCGUUUUAUACCAACAAAGCGAAAUUGGAGCUCAGAGAAACACCUGAAGUUGUCGAAGAGGGACUCCGUGUUCUCCGAGAACUGCUGAAGGGUGAGCCAGAUCUAAUCGUACCAUUGGAAGCGGACGAAUAUUUAUACAGAUUCUUGAGACCCUGCAAAUGGUAUCCCGAGAGUGCAUUUGGAUUGAUAAAGCGCUUCCACAAUUACCGUCGUACUCAUCCGCAUCUGUGCAAAGGGCUUUGCCCCAGCGCGGAAAAGGGUGUUCUUAAAUCGGGCAUAAUAACUCCCUUGCCAAGAAGAUGCGCGGAUGGUGCUCGUAUCCUGCUCAUCCAGGGCGGAAAAACAUGGAAACCGAGAGAAGUAUCGUUGGAAGAAAUACUCAAGGGUGCUAUGCUGGCCCUCGAGGCCGCCAUGGCGGAACCAAAGACGCAGGUUUGCGGAGUUCGCGUUAUUCUGGACAUGGCGGGGCUCAGUUUGUCCCACGUCACAUAUUUUACCCCAAGUUUUGCGAGGGCUGUUUUGGAAUGGGUUCAAAGAUGCUUACCUUGCCGGCUGAAAGGAGUUCACGUCGUCAAUCAGCCCUAUAUUUUCAACAUGGUUUUCGCCAUUUUCAAGCCGUUCAUGCAGGAAAAAUUAAGGAAAAGGAUACACUUCCAUGGGACGGACAAAGUUAGUCUGCUGGAACACAUCGACUCCAAAGCUUUGCCAGAUCGUUACGGGGGAAAUUUGGAGUUCCCCACGGAACCCUUGGGCAUGAAAUUGUACGAGUAUUUCUGUAACUUCGAAGAGGAUUUUCUGGUUUCGAACAAAUACGGAUACGUUAAGAAUAAAGAUUGACGAUCGGACGUUGGUGCGGAAAAGAAGAGAGCAAAGAAUGAGAUCGAUCGCUUCGACCGAUCUGGUUGUCCGUAAUUUGAAAUAGAACAACGAUGACAGCGUAUUUAAUAAAGAAGAGUACGAAAAGGGAAGCAGAGCCGCGUUUUUUCGAAAAUGCGACAUGUUUCUCGUGACGCACGUGCAGCGUCAAACUUCAAUGACGAAAUUUUACACUACAGGUAUUUUAAUUUAUAUGUUCAAAUGUAUAAAUAUAUAUUGAGAAUAUUCACAUGUAUUGUUAUAUACAAAUAUUGUACGUUUUAUGAAGAUAAUUGUUCAUAAAAAUAUUAAAAUCACACACCUUGUCUUUGUCGUUUUUUUCCGAGUUCUCAUCGAACCCUCCCAGUGCAUAGUAGUCAUUGUUCUUGUACCAAUGAUUUGUCCACCAGAGUUCGUUUAUAUAUUUUUUUUUUUUCCAAGCUCUUUCGCUUUCGCAUACGACAAAGCAUAUUAAACCAUUAUUG